CAGUACUAUUAUUUUAUGUUUUGAAGUCCGAGACCCGAGAGAGAGACGGUUGCUGACUGUCAGCGUCAUUCAUUCAUGUGAAUGGUGAACUUACAUAGCAUGACGUAGAUUAUUCUAGCCAGCUUGCUGUCCAGCCCAUAGAGUGCACAGUAACGAAGCUGACUGAUGCGGUGACACUGACACAAUGGAUGCGGCGGACAAGCGAAUGCUGGAGCGGGAGGCGCUCCGCAACAUGAUCCAGCAGUGGAACGCUAAUCGCCUUGAUCUGUUCGCGCUCAGUGAGCCCAAUGAGAAUCUGGAGUUUCACGGUGUGAUGCGAUUCUAUUUCCAAGAUUCAGGUCAGAAGAUAGCAACGAAAUGUAUUCGUGUCGCCUCCGACGCUACUGUGAGCGAUGUCAUAGAAACUUUGAUCGAGAAGUUCCGUCCGGACAUGCGCAUGUUGUCCCUGGGCUCGUACUCUCUGUGGGAGACGCACGGGCCGGACGACGAGCGCAAGCUGGAGCCGCACGAGAAGCCCCUGCUGGUGCAGCUAAACUGGCACGCCGACGACAGGGAGGGGCGGUUCCUACUCAAGUGCCUUAGCAACAACGAGGUCCCGCUGUCUGCUGUGAACGACAAAGGAGACCAAAACUUCAAACGAAAACUAUCAAAACGAGAGAAGAAAGAACUGAAGAAAAAGGAAAAACUAUCGAGACUGAAAUCCGACACGAACGAUGAAAACAGACCAGUCGCUGAGAAACUUUAUACAGAAUUGCCGGAGACGUCAUUCAUGCGUAGCAUAAGUAACCCCGAGGCGGUGAUGCGGCGGCGUCGGCAGCAGAAGCUGGGCCGGAAGUUGCAACAGUUCAAGUCCAAGGAUGGCGGACCUGAUACCGGUGGUACCCUGCGAGUGUACGGCUCGAUACUCCGGCCAGACGUGUCCUAUGUCACGUUGCUGCUGUCAGUCAACGACUCUGCUGCCACUGUCCUGAGGGAGACGCUCGACAAAUACGGCAUGUCAUAUCAAGAUCCACAGCAGUUCUGCAUCGUGCAGGAGGACAAGACCGACAAUUCGGAAUACAUUUUAGAAGACGACGAAUGCCCGCUCGCGCUCAUGAAUAUGACAAGAAGCUCCAUCAUGUUCCAUGUGCGGCGGCGGCCUGCGGAUGUGCAGCCGCGGAGACGCAAGAAAAAAGUCGGAGCAGGCACCGGAGCCGCUGGCGGACGGCCCGGAAACGAACCCAUGCUUGUAGAAAUGUCACCCGACGGUUCGUCGCUGGAAAACGGACGGCGACUCAGAAUAACAGAUGUUGUUGAGGUGGGUUCAGGCAACGGCACGACGCUCCAGCUGUACGGCCCCUCGAUCCAGCCGCGGCACUGUGUGGUCGCGCCCGCGGAAGGCGGCGGCUACUCCGUGACGCCGCUGCACGCCGAUGCACACGUAUAUGUCAACGGACGCAGGAUCAUGCACUCGCAACGGUUACAACACGGUUGCCUACUAAAAUUCGGUCGUGUUUCGACGUUCCGCUUCGUAGACCCGGCACAGGAGAACCUCAUUAACAGGAAUCUAGCGCAAUCACAACAUUUCGGCUCCGGCUCAAUAUACGACAGAUCGCCAACUUCGCCUGGCGAGAAUAGCGGCGCGAUGUCGCCGACGUCGAUGACGUCACACCAGCCCGACCCUCUCGACUCCAAUGCAAACACGACUAACGACACAGAGUAUCAGAGGACUAUGAGUCCCGUGUCGCAUGACACCUACUACCGGGACGCCAACGACACCAUACCGCCAUACAACAACAACACUCUCAAACUCGACAACGAGUCGCUUAUAAUGUCGCAACACCUCAACGACACCAAAGAUGAUUACGGGAAGGACGACCACACGAGCUCCGUGUACAACGACCAAGAUCAGAGUUCCAACGUGAACCGCACGUCCAACUCUGUGCAACAGUACAAAGACAAUUAUGAAACUACGUUCGACUUGGACGGCAACGUCGAAACAAAGAGUAUCUGCAGCGCGAAGAGCGGCGGCUCUGGACACGACAACAGGAUGAGUGCGGGCAUGAACAGUGGUCGCGGCUGCACGGAGGCGAUCCUGCCGGCCGUGCUGGAGUUCCCGGAGGCGGGACAGGCGCAGUUCCUGGCCGCCGUCAUCACCCGCCUCGACCCGCACGCCCCCGCCUUCAAACUCGCGCCUGUCUACACUCUCUACCUUUGUGCCAGGUACCGUGCCUCGACUCAUUACCGCCCUGAGCUCACGCCGACCGAGCGCGCUCAUAAACUGACGGCCUUCUUACACCAUGUCGCCACGCUCAUACACGCCACCGUACAGGAGCGUUGUACCGACUCAGCGGCACAAGCUUUCUGGAUGACGAAUGCGAGUGAACUUCUGCACUUCUUGAAAUACGACCGACACAUAUCAUCCUUCUCAACACAAGCGCAAGAAGUACUGUCGCUUACUGUGCAGAAUGCUUUCAGCAACCUCGUGACGUGUUUCCAAGAAGAGCUGUCUCGUGGUCUGGCGACGCUGACGAGCGCGGGCGGGGCGGGCGGCGCGGGCGGCGCGGGCGGCAUGCUGGAGGCCAACGAGGCCACCGCGCCCACCCUGCAGGCGCUGGCCGCCGCCAUCGUACUGCUGCGUCGCUGCCGCGUCAACGCCGCGCUCACCAUACAGCUCUUCUCACACCUCUUCCACUACAUCAACGCUGUUUGCUUUAACAAAUUGGUAACAGAACCUAGCAUGAUAAAUGCACGCUGGGGCGCGGCUCUAUCGGCUCGACUCAAAGUUUUGGCCGCUUGGGCGGAACGACAAGGCCUGGAAUUAGCGGCGGAAUGUCAUUUCGCGCGCAUGAAUCAGGCUGCGCGGCUGAUCCAGGGCACGUACCGCACGGCGGAGGAGGUGGUGGCGGCGCUGAAGACGUGCUUCAAGCUGAACUCGGUGCAGGCGCGCGCGCUGCUGGCGCCGCUUGCGCCGGCCGAGCUGGUGGAGGCGGGCGUGCGCCACGUGCGCGCCCACACGGACGAGCUGGUGCGCGCCGACGGGCGCGAGGUGCGCCUGGACGAGCCGGCGUGGCUGGGCGCGGCGCUGCUCAUCCCCAGCGACGGGUUCAGCGCCGAGGUGGUGUGCGGCGUGCCGCCGGGGCUGGCGGAGUUCGUGGCGCCGCUGCAGCGCGGCGGGCUGUGCCGCCUGGCGCACCAGCCGCACGCGCUGGGCGCCUGGACCGUGUACCUGGCCGGACACGCGCCGCCCGCGCGCCGCCUCGACCCAAGGCUGCACAUCAUACAGCUGCACAAGAACUCCAACGGCAUGGGGCUCAGCAUCGUGGCCGCCAAGGGUGCUGGGCAGAGCAAGUUGGGUAUCUACAUAAAGUCGGUAGUACCGGGUGGCGCCGCGGCUGCGGACGGUCGUCUCGCCGCCGGGGACCAACUACUCUCCGUCGACGGGCAGUCACUCGUCGGCAUCACGCAGGAGAAGGCUGCCGAAUACCUAGUGCGCACCGGGCCCACAGUAACGUUGGAGGUGGCGAAGCAGGGAGCCAUGCUACACGGCCUCGCCACGCUACUCCACCAGCCUGCCUACAAUCAGCGACAAGCGAGCGGGCCGGGCGCGGGCGGCGCGGUGCGGCGCGCGUCGGAGCGCGACCUGCCGGCGCGGCUGGCGGCCGAGGCGGGCGUCAAGUCCAGCAAGAGCACGCCCGCGCUGCAUCACGUCGCCUCGCCGCCCACACACCACCACACGCCGCCCAGCGUGUCGGUGAGCGGGGCGGCGACGGGCGCGGGCGGGGCGGCGUGGCCCAGCAAGUCGCGGUCGAGCCACAACCUGGCGGCGCCCGCGCAGCAUGACGCCUUCUACCAGAACCUCUCCACCGUGCACUCGCAACAACAUGCCUUACAGGACAGAUGGUCUUCGCUCCGCAGUUCUACUGGUAGCAAUAGACCGCAGUCUGCUCAUUUUGCAGCUGGCGGACAAACUGAAGCGCCAGACUCACCACUACAUCACCAGCAGGCGAGCGCGUCGAGCGCGGCGAGCGCGGCCCGCGCGGCCAAGCUGGCGGAGAUGUCGGACGAGGUGGCGCGCAGGCACGCCUACCAUAACCACAACCACCACACCCCGCCCUCGCACCAUCAUCUCAUCGGUCAAGGCCAGCUCCAGAUGGCAACGGGUCCAUAUGGGCCGCUCCCCCAGCACCCCCAGCAGCCCCCGCAGACGGGGCAGCUGGCGCAGUCCCCGGCCAUGCUGCACGUACACCCGCAGAGCCCGCACCAGAUAUACCACAACCAACACCAACCGCCACAGAGGUACGAAUGGAUGCCUCCUGGCCCGCCAUCGCCACAAAGAUCACAACCACCCGUCGCUCCCAAACCUCAGGGUGCUCGACGGCCGGACUUGGAUAUGGAAGAACAAAUGUACCCGCAUUCCCAGGGACAUCCGCAGGCACAUCCGCAGUCACACCCGCAGUCACAUCCGCAGUCUCACCCGCAGUCUCACCCGCAGUCUCACGCCCAGUCAUAUCCACAGCCGCAACAGCCACCGUCUUCUACUGUGCAACCCGAAGACGAGCGCUACGUGGCGAGCGCGCUGGAGCCGCCCGCGGUAUCGGUGUACCCGGCCGGGGGCGCGGGGGGCGCGGGCGGGGGCGCCGGGGGCGCGGCGGGGCGCGCGCCGCACAACCCGUGGCAGCGCGAGGAGCGCGAGCGACUGCACGAGGCGCGCCGCGCCGCCGCGCGGGCCCGCAGAGACGCAACAAUUGCCCAGCUAAUAUCAUUAGGAGCGGCGCGAACACCCGUACAGAACCAACAACUGCGUGCGCUUCAGUUAGAACGAGACUUCGAACUGCGAGCUACGCAGCAUGACCAGGAGGAAAGUAACGCUGCAGAAGGCGCAGAAGAUUCAGAAGAGAUGGUAGACGACACGCCAUCGUCUCCUUUGGCGGCGUCUCCCGCCCCGCCUCCUCACACGCUCACACAGCCCCCCAACCCGCCAAAAUCCAUUCUCAAGACCAACACACGUACUGAGAUCACUAACGGAUAUACUACCGAACAGCAGGUGAACUACGAAGAGAGCCGGGUGUCGGAGGUGACGGCAGGUAUGGGCGCGCUGGGCGUGGGCGCGGCCAGCCCUGCAGGCGGGGCGGCGCCCCCGCCGCCGGCGCGCGGCUCCUCCUUCGCCGUCAUGGCCGAGCGCGCGCGGACACUCUCGCCCGCGCGACACGACGCGCCGCACGCACUGCCGCCGCAGUCUCCAGUAGGCGGCGGUCGGGACAAGCGCGUGUCGUUCCACGAGCGCGCCGCGCCCCCAGCGCCCCCGGCUAGUUCUCCGCCCCCGCUGCACGACCCUGCGCCCCCGGCGCCUCCCACUCAGCCUGCGCCGGCCAGAGAGGAUCCCGACCGGUUCAUCGAGGAAGCUGAGAGUAUGCUGGCGGGUCCCGUGUCUCCGCAGACAACUAGCGCUCCCGGCGUCACGCAUACACCCGGCGUCAUCGGCGCGCAGGAAGUCUACCGGGACCCGCGGGCGCGGCGGCUGGCGGAGCAGCAGGCGCGCGCGUCGGCCGCGCCCGUCCCCGAGCAGCUCUCCUUCAAGGAGAAGAUGAAGAUGUUCGCGCUCGAGUCGGGCGAGGCCUCCACGCCCAAGGACAAGGUCAAAAUAUCGCGCGCGCAGCGAGACAUCGAUGCGGUACAUUAAUCCCAAUGAUGACUCUUAUUUAACUUAUAAUGCAUUACGAUUACAUACAUUUUGUACAUAAAUUGUACUUACAGAGGAUUUACACAACUCUUUUAUCAUGUGGUUUAAGAGAGAUAUAGCAAAAUCGUAGCGAUAUGUUACAGAUUGCGUUACAGUAUUAUAUUGACAUAAUUAUUUUAUAUACGUUUCCAUAAGUGUUAGCGAAAAUAAUGUGGUUCUAUAAAUAAAAACGAAUGCAGCUUUUCGGCAACUUAUCUAUAAAUAUUAAAUAAUUUAUAGAGGCAAUUUACGGACGAAUAUAAUGACACUAUUUUCGCUUUCACACAAGUAACUGGAGGAAAUCUUGCAAGUGAAUUAACUGAAACCACUGAAGUUUAAUACUACAUGUCGUCUAACGUAGCACCAAUUUUGUAUGUUAAACAUAAAAUCUAAUCGAGUUUGAGUUUUCUUUCUCAAAUGGUAUAUUUUUAUGGUAAUGCAAUUUUGAAUGAUGUUUACAAGAUGUCGCUUUAGCAGCUAGUGCAAUGAUAUUAUAUUUAUACAUUUCAAUUUACCAGACCAUAUCGUAAUAUAAGGAAUAGUUGAUUAUUAAAUUCAAAAUUUAUAUUACUAUUAUAUGAAUAUUUUCGGUAUUUUAAUAUAUUAUAUUGUCAACGGGCACAUCUUAUGAAAUAAAGUCGGAACUAUUGUGCCAUGUAUAUCGUAUAAUGGAUUUUUCCGUUUACAUAAUUAUAAAAGUUUAUUCUCCGGGAGGACCAAAUAUAAGUGGACAUCGGUAGGUGCCUUUGCAUGUACCUUAAAAAGUAAAUUUACAUAUCCAUCAUAUUAUCACGGCGUAGUAAAUGCAUUGUAAUCCAUCAACAUUACUUUUUGUAACUUCGUGACAUUCCAAAGAACAUAGUUUCUUUUCUAUUUAAAUAUGUAUGUUAUGGAAGCAUUCCUAUGGAACCUGAAUGUAUUAUAUGUUCCGCUAUAGCGGUUGUUAUCUGUCCAAUAUUAUUUCAAAGAUUGACCCUGUUAUUACAAUUCGAAUUUUAACAAAAAGCAAUAAGAUAUUGUGAAGACUUUGUUGUAAAUACAUAAAUUUUAUAGUCUAAGCACGUGUUUGUGCCAAAACAUGUUCCGUGGUGGCGAACCCGCAUGGAGUGGCGAAAUUAUUGUUUAUUUAGUGGCAACCAAGAUUUAUCAAGAGGUAUGUUAUGUAUUCAAAUUGUUACGUAGGACAUUAUACUACUCAAAAUAAUGUUUAAAUAUAAUGUACGAAUGUUGAAACAGCGAAUGUGCGAGCUUUAUUGUUAUUUUACAAAUUAAGAUCGAGGUGGCGCUCUCUUUAUUUUGUUUCAUGAUUUAAUAAACCUCUGAUAGAUCUACAGUAUUAAUUAUGUCAUAAAGCUUAUAAUUCACACACAUGUCACUAAAGAAACGUCUAUUAAGUAGAUAGUAAAAUUCUUACCUUAUUUCUUCGGUCACAAGAUACAAUCAGCCAACAUGAGUAGUAUUAAAGCUAUAGAACAAAUAAUUAGCUGUCAGAACACUAGGUUGCUACUCAUUACAUUAUUAUGGUUAACAAUUUAUAGCACCAAUUUACUGUAUAUAAUGUAGGUAGUUGGAAUCCUUGUGAUUAUUUAAGGUUUUUUGUACACCUGUUUGUAUAUGUAAAUGUUUAUUCGAAGAUAAGAGGCAGCAACUGUUUGACUACGAGUCGACGAGACGGAAGGCCUACGUGAGGGUAGAGUUAGAUUAGUUCCUGGGAGUACAGUUCCGUAAAUUCCCAGUAUACACCCAACGAUAGUCAAUUAGAGAAAGAUUGAGAUUAAUUUUUAAAAAAGGAGUUUUAAUGAUUUUUAUAGCUAUACUGUAUAUAAUUACGCUUGAAAAUGUCAACAUAGAUAUCAUGAAUAUUUAAGUAACAAUUCGAAUGAUUAUUAUUAUGCAAAACUAAUUAUAUUUGUUAUUAACGGUAGCUAUUGUCCUUCCUUUCU